UCUUUCCAACCACUUGUUCGUUACCCCUGACCACCACAAAAUGGCAAAGCUCGCCUUCACUUUUACGGUAACCUUCUUCUUGUUCGCCCUCUGUUAUGCCCGAAUUCCGACAGGUAUCGUGGAGAACGACGUCGCUGGGGAUGAGCAGCUGGAAACUACUACCACUUCCCCCGCAACCGUCACCAAAAAGACCGGAACCACCAUCCUCCUCCCCAGCGAGAAACUCGAGCCCGAAUUCUCCACCAUGGUCUCUGUUCCCGAGGAAACCGAUUCGAAUCUGCCGGAAUCCAACUCUAAUUCAAUCCCGUUGACGAUGAUCAGCAUCCGUCCGAUUGACCGCCACUUCCCCAGGCAUCCGUUCCCGUUAAUGUUCCGUCACGGACACCGUUGCCGCCACCACCGCCAGCCGCGCCACGACCAACAAAGCCAAGGCCACGAGUUCAAGCCGUGGGGCCCGCGCUUCCCUGACCGCGAGGUUCCUUACGGUGACGAUAUGAUAGUGGCCGACGAGAAGGAUUCGGGUUCGAAUCCGGAGUCUCGGGGCGUGGUGCGUCAGAUCCCGGGCAAAUGGGUCGAGUUCAGUCACCAGGGGCCCAGGUUUCACCACGGUGACGUGGAGGCAAGGGAGGAGGACAUCAACGAUAAGGAUUCGGGUUCGGAUCCGGAAUCUCGUGGCGUGGUGCGUCAGAUCCCGGGGAGGUGGGUCAAAUUCAGCCACGAGGGCCACAGGUUUCACCACGGGCACGAUGACGUGGAGGGAAGGGAGCACAUGAUGAAGAAGAAGAGGCAUCACCGACACGGGGAGCGAGAAGGUUGGCAGCACGAGCACGAGCACGAGCACGAGGACGAGGACGAGGACGGGUUUAUGAAGAGGGUCCGCAAGUUUUUGGAUUUGUUUUGAAGCUGUGCGUUGACUCCGGCUGGUUUAUGAAGCGCUUAUACAUGUAGCUUUUUUCUGGUUCUUUUCUUUCUUUGAUGCUCUAUGUAUCCAUAUAUCAUUCGGGCGCUUUAUCUUUGUAAAUAAUCUUGCAUCCGUGAGAGAUGUUAGAAGUAUUAUAUGUAUAAUUAAGUCUAUAUUUGCUAUGAAAUGGAUACUAUGCUUUUUCUUUUGGGUUUUUAA